UGUCAUUCCUAGUCACCCAGCUACUUCUACGCUGACCAGAUGAUCGCCUCGCGCACUGCGUUCCACGGAGAAAUGGAUCUAAUAUUGUAAGGCUAUUGCAAAAAGUCGCUACUGGAUAUUAACAAGCAUAAUCAGUUUGAUUUGCAGGUGUGUGAUGGGAAACUCGUAUGCGGGCCACCUGAGGACCACCCGUUUUGAGGAGGUGCUUCAUAACUCCAUCGAGGCUUCGCUGCGCUCCAACACAGUGGUUCCACGGCCCGUCUUCUCACAACUCUACCUGGAGGCGGAGCAGCCCGCAACGCACAAUGGUCGGGUAGAGAAUGAGGAUGAAGAGGAAGAGGAUGGCUCAGAGUCCAACAGCCCCCCUGCCCCAUACCAGACAAAGCCCCCGCCAGAGGGAUGCUGCACCACCGACGGGUUCUGCCAGGCGGGUCGGGAUCUGCGUCUGUCCUCCCUGGCAUCACAGCCUCUGGACGUUCCCCCAGGGUUCCUCUUGGUAGCGGCCAAGUCCCCGAGCGCACCAGACUGCCUGCUGGUGUGUGCCGUGGACCACAGGUUUUUGCCGGACGAACGGGGACGCAACGCACUGCUUGGGUUCUCGGGGAACUGCAUGGGCUGUGGAGAAAAAGGCUUCCGCUACUUCACAGAGUUUUCCAACCACAUCAACCUGAAGCUAAUCACUCAGCCCAAAAAACAGAAGCACUUAAAGUAUCACCUGCACAGAAACAGCGUGGGACAGCUGGUCAGAGGGGCUGCAAUCUGCUGGAAGGGCCUCGAGAUUAGAGGAAGACAUACAGUGUCCAAUGCCUCAGCUGGUCAUGUGACCUCAGACGAACUCCUCCCCAACCCAGCGGUCACGACACAUCCUGCACACACACCCAGCAGUUACACAGCCAGCACACCUGGCCCUCCUCACCUGGUUGACCUCAACCCUCCCCUGACCAACGGGAGCCACGCCCCCCUUUCCCAGAAUACUUUGCCCCAGACAGCCGUACUGUCCAAUGGAUCUGGGCGACCCACAGUCAUAGGUACCCUCAACGCUGGACCACCUAAAAAGAGACACAAAGGUUGGUCCCCUGAGUCUACUGCCACGGCUGAGUCUUCAGUAAAGACACCUCCGCCCUCCUCUUCCUCUUCAUCACUCACCAAUGGGACCAAACCAGUCAGUGCCACCCCAGGGACUGAAUCCCAGGGGUCCUCCAACCCCCCCUCUCCCCUCCAGGCGUCCGUCACGGUGCCUGAUCAGCUGCUGCACAUCUGCGGACUCCGGCCUAUUAUCUUCAGAGGUCACGGCUGCCUUCCCCAUCUGAGUGGUAACGUGUGCGACGUCCAGGUCAGCUCUCUGCUCCAGAGCUGCUACCAGAACAGCCAGGCCCUGCCACGGGUUUACCAGCACUACGGACCGUCUCCCAUCCAGCCGCUGUCUGUGGAGAUGCAGAUACUACUGACCGUCUACUACCUGGUGCAGCUAGGCCCAGACCAGGUUCCGCUGAUCCAGGACCUGGAGCAGAUCUUCAUGAGGUCCUGGAGAGAGUCCCACCUCAGCGAGAUCCGCCAGUACCAGCAGCCCCAGCCGGGCCUCUCCCAGGCUCACUCCGCCCUGCCCGGGCUGCCCCAGUCCCUCACCCCCUCCCAGCUUCCCUGGCUGGCCCAGCUGGCGGCCUCGUCGUGUGGGGAGGGGGUGCUGGUGCUCGGGGAGAAGGCCUCCGUCGCCCUGGGUCUUGUGGAUACCUUCACCAGGCUGAUGGAGGGACGCCUGGCUCACACCAACUAUGUGGUCAUCAUCUGUACAGUCAACGGACAGGAGACAGAGGCCUGUGUGGUGGUUACAGGUAAACACCAGUGUCGUGUCCUGGCGGAGGGGAUGGUCAGUCCCAGUGACGGUCUGAGAGAGAUCAGUCAACAGCUGUCCACUGGAAUGACACAGGAACUCACCUCCUUCUGCACCUCCCUGGGAUCUGAUGGUGAUCUAGAUGUUUUGCUGGACGGUGUUGCUGUGGAAUGCAGUGGCCAGCUGUCCCCCCAGUUCAUUAGUCAGGAGGCUACAGGAGAAAGCAGUCCUAUAAGCAGACUGACGGAUGAAGAUACAGACAGACAAGCAGACAGAGCCAUAGACAGGCCAACAGACCUGCCAGCAGACAGGUCAACAGACCGACCAGCAGACAGGUCAACAGACAGACCAGCAGACAGGGUAAAAGACCGACCAACCACCAGACCAACAGACAGACCUGCAGACGGACCAGAGACCCCCCAGGACUCCUGCUCAGAGUACCAUGUGGCGUGGCGGGAGGUACGACCCAUUCAGUUGGCGGUCGCCAGGAAGCUGCUGUCCCAUGUGUGUGCCAUCGCUGACUCCAGCACCCAGAACCUGGACCUGGGCUCCUUCGACAGAGUCCACUUCCUCAUCUGCGUCCCUCCAUGUGAGGUCUCAUUCCAACAGACCGUCCUUCACCUCUGGAACUCAGGUGUCCUUCAGCAGCUGGGUUUGGAUCAAGAGUGUCUGUCCCAGAAAGAGGCUGAGCGCUACGUAGUCAAGAUGGACCGGGAGGCCAGGGCGCGCAUUGAUGACCUCAUACAAGAAGCGCACCGUAACGUCAACACACUGUACAUCCUGGUCCAUGACCAUGCACACUGGGACAUUAAGAGUGGACCUUACGGGGCCAGUGAUGGGGACUCUGAGGGCGGGUUAGUGGACAGCCUGCUCAACUGCCCUCAGAUCAGGGAUGCCACCAACAUCCUGACUCUCCACGUCACCUCGUUCCCCUUCACGCUGCAGACUCAAGACACACGCAUCAGCCCUUACAACGAGAUACACUGGCCGUCUGCCUUCAACCAUGACGUAGAUCUGUACCAUGAGAAGACGCUGUAUUUUGGUGUGUCGGAGCUUCUGGACUCAACCCAUUCAGGCAGUGGCCUUCCUCUCCUCCGCUACGACAGCUCCUUUGAAAACAUGGCCUCUGCUCUGGAGGACAGGUUCCCCAAGCUGCACAGUGUCGUGAUCCGGACCCAGGUUCUAGUCCAGCACUACUGCGUGGCCCUGAUGGCCAUCUCAGGUCAGCCCCGCUCAGGGGGGCGGAGCCUACACAAACACACCUCCGUGGAGACGCUGGAGAUUGUUCAGAGCCUGCUCAGCCCCGCCCAGAGAUGCCCCGCCCACCACGGUCACAUGGUGCUGCUACGGAUCCCCUCGUUGGCCCUGGCGGGGUGGGCCCACCAGCGGCUGACGAGGGUCCGGCAGAGACUGGGCCUGGGGGAGCGCUUUGAGGUCAUCCUGGGAAACCCCGGCCAAGCCCUCAGCAUAGGGCAGAGCUUCACUGAGCACAUCAAGGCGUGGCUGAAGAUCCAUGAGUCGGACUGGGCUCCCCGAACCUACCUGGAGCUGGAGGCCCUCCCCUGUAUCCUCAUCUUGUCUGGGGCGGACCCCCUUGGACAAUCCCUACCCAGAUCUCUGAAGUACUGUGACCUGCGUGUCGUAAGCUCGUAUCUGCAACGCACAGCUUUAGAGCAGGAACUGGGAUUGGCUGCCUAUCUAAUGAGGGUGGAGACCCAGGGGUCACAAGCCCACAGCCACGCCCCCGGACCGGGCAGCGACCUAUCAGAGAGCGACCGGGACAAACUCAGCAGCACAGACAACGAGGAGGAUGAAGGGAGUGAGAACACCCCAAAGCCCCCCCUACCCGAGAGCAGCGCUGUGGACCCCCUCCAUCCUGGCUCCGCCCCCUCAGACCCCCAGCACCCCGUCUCCCCUAACACCCAGUGCCAGCCCUCCAAGCCCACCUCGUCAGGCUCCUCCUCCCCCCUGCCUCCCUUCCCUCGUCCGAGCUGCUCCUGGGCACGGGGGGUGAAUCGACCCCCCUCCGUGCUGCUGCCCCGCGGCCUUUAUGACAUCAUAACAACAUGCGACGGGAGUGGUCUGCCUCGCUGCACCUCCUUCCUCCCGCACCUGUCGGUGGCCUGGGCCAGCUCCUUCAGGCCCAUGCUGAGUAAGAUGAUGACGUGCACAGAGCAGUCUCUGUACUACCGCCAGUGGACCGUCCCACAGCCGCACCACAUGGACAGCAACAACCGCCCCGCGGAGGGACGCACGGACAACUUCCACCCCCGCAGGCUGCUGCUCAGUGGACCUCCGCAGGUGGGGAAAACUGGGGCGUACCUGCAGUUUCUGGGCAUCCUGUCACGUAUGCUGAUCAGGCUGAUGGAGGUGGACAUCUAUGACGAGGAGGACAUCCACUACAGUGGUCAGCUGGGGUCUGUCCAGUACCACUCGGCCUGUGCCUCCUGGCCGACCGUAGACACCCUGAGGUCCAUGCCAUUCGACUACACCGUCCACGACGCUGAAUACGAAGACAUCAGCUCCGUCUACUGUCCUGACCACUGUCCCGUCGCUGCAGGAAACCCCAGACGCCAGGAGGACGUUUACCUGCGGAGACGAACCGCCAGGAUCAAACUGUCCAAAUAUGCAGCCUACAACACCUACCAUCACUGUGAGCUGUGUCAUCAGUACAUGGGCUUCAACCCCACAUACCAGAUGUAUGAGUCAGCGUUACAUUCAUUCAGCUUCUCCCAUCUGUCACUGGGGGAGGAAAUCCAGCUCUACUUCAUCAUCCCCAAGUCCAAACAACAUCACUUUAGUUUCAGCCAAACAGGAGGCCAGCUGGAGAGCUUGAGACUGCCCCUCAUUUCCGAUUGGAACCCAGAUUGCAUCAAGAGUCCGAUCUUCACACUGACCACCGGUCGCCAUGAACACGGCCUGUUUAACCUGUUCCACGCCAUGGACGGGGCAAACCACCUCCACAUCCUGGUCAUCAAGGAGUAUGAGAUGGCCGUUUAUAAGAAGUACUGGCCCAACCACAUCAUGCUGGUGCUGCCUACGAUUUUCAAUGGAGCUGGCAUCGGGGCUGCCCACUUCCUUAUCAAGGAGCUGUCCUAUCAGAAUCUGGGGCUGGAGCGAAGCCGCAGGGUGGAGGCAGGGGGGUCGGCGGCUGAUGUCUGGCCCUUUAUUAUCCUCUCUGAUGACUCCUGUGUCAUGUGGAACACUGUGGACCUCAACUCACUCAGUGCUUCGGGGCCUGUGGAAAGGAACGUGUCUCUGAAGCAGGUGUUGCAGCAUAUGGAGGCAUGUCCUGACCUCACACAUUACAGCCUCUGUGGCAUCAAGAAGUGGAGCAGUCGUCCUCCAGGUCAGGGGUCAGGUGGAGAAGCCCUUCACAGGGAGCCUUUCUCCAGAGGACACCUCCAUGACUUCCUGCUUCUCAACGUGGACCUGACGAGGGAUGUUCAGUACAACCAGAACAGGUUUACAUGUGACGAUGUGGACUUCACCCUGCGCGCUCACAGUGCAGGCCUUCUCAUCUGUCGCUUCAACAACUUCAGUGUGAUGAAGAAACAGAUCGCUAUAGGUGGAUACCGCACCUUCAUCAUCAAGACCAAGAUGACUGAUGUCCCCACCUCCGUCCAGCCGACUCAGUAUGUCUGUGCCCCUGAUAGCAAGCAUCCGUUCCUGGCCACGCCCGCUCAGCUACUGCUGGAGAAAUACCUGCAACACACCAGCCAGCGUCUGUUCCCCCUCAGCGUUCACAACUACACACAGCCCUUACUGUCUGUAGACUGUUACCUCAACCUGGGGCCUGAGGUGACAGUGUGUUUCGUGAGCUCCAGACCUCAGUCCAUCAACAUCAGUACUACAGGACUGCUCUUCAGUGGCCUGCUCCUCUGCUUCUGUGAUGCCUUCAUCACACCAGGAUUCCUCAAGAAGUUUCAAUUCCUCAAAGGUUCUACCCUGUGUGUGAUCUCCGCUGACCGCAGCUCCCUGAGACAGACCGUAGUGAGACUGGAGCUCGAGGACGAGUGGAGAUUCCGCCUGAGUGAUGAGUUCCAAACCGCCAACGCUAAAGAGGACUGUCCCCUCUUCUUUCUCACAGGGAAACACAUAUGAACCCCCCCGACACACCCACAUUCCAGCCCGCGUCCCCUACCUUGAAGCCCGCUGUAAGGUUCGGUGAAGUCACCAAAUUGCCCAUGUAGCUGCUAGCGAAUUAUACUCUGAGUCUGGGACUGGAGCCGCUCGGUUUACUGUAGUAUUAAUGUGUUUUUACUGUAGUGUUACUAUGAUAUUACUGUCUUAUUACUGUAGUGUCACUGUAGUAUUACUGUGUUAUUACUGUUUGGUUAUUUUUAAAGUUACAGUAGUGUUACAGUACCAUUUCUAUAGUAUUACAGUUUAAUUACUAUUGUAUUACGGUUGUAAGUCUGUAGAAUCACUAAAGUAUAACUGUGGCAUUACUGUAGUAUUUUGAGAAAUGACUCUAGUAUGUACUACAAUACCAGUCAGCCCCCCAACCACUUUGUUUUCAUAUGUUAAAAGCAAUGCAGUACAUCCUGCCAACAUUUACAUAGCUGUUUAUGUCAUUUGUAUUGAGGUAUGUUUCAUUCUGGCCAGAACAUUUCUACAACAAUGUUUCUCAGACAUUUGUUUAUGUCUGUGUCAUUUCAAAAGUACUUAUGUAUGUAAAACAUGACGUUUUCUUUACUGCUUUUACAAAAAUAUUAUUUCUGAGUUGUGUCGUUUAAACACUUAUUUUGGGGUUUUGUGGCGUUGCGUAUCAGCACUCCAUGUUUGUAGACUCCUGCUGGUCACAGUGUUGAGAAGCUUGAAUCCAAGGUGUCCUGUUCUAUUGACCCGAUGUGCUCUGUACUGUAUGUCCAG